ACUUCCGCCUACCACGGUCUUGCGCUGUGGUUUUGAGUGAGAAAGAGCAGCAUAUCAUUCUUGUCCUGGCAAAAAAAAAAACAUCAACCGAGAAGACAUGAGCGACAACGAGGAUAAGGAAUAUGUGGAGCGGGAGUCCCGUUCUGCCUCCCGGAGUGUAAGCCCACAGGGAUCGGGCAAGUCUGGCAGCCGUUCACCUGCUCACUCCCCAGCACGGUCCCGUUCCAAGGAGGGCUCCCACCACUCCAGGUCCAAGUCAGGGUCCCGCUCAAGGUCCAAAUCCAGGUCUCGAUCUCACCGUAGCUCCCGCAGACAUUACUCUCGCUCACGCUCUCGUUCUCGAUCCCACCGUCGGAGGUCCAGGAGCAGGUCACACAGUGGGGAGUACCGUCGCCGACGAAGCCACAGUCACUCACCUAUGUCCAACCGAAGACGCCAUGUGGGCAACAGAGCAAACCCAGACCCAAACAACUGCAUUGGAGUGUUUGGCCUGAGCCUGUAUACAACAGAGAGGGACCUGAGGGAGGUGUUCUCAAAAUAUGGGCCGCUUGCUGAUGUAAGCAUAGUCUAUGACCAGCAGUCUCGACGCUCCAGAGGAUUUGCUUUUGUCUAUUUUGAGACUAAGGCGGACUCUAAAGAAGCCAAAGAGCGUGCUAACGGGAUGGAACUUGAUGGCCGCAGAAUUAGAGUUGACUUUUCCAUCACAAAGAGACCUCACACACCCACUCCUGGAAUCUACAUGGGGAGGCCAACAUAUGGUGGUGGUGGGGGCAGCAGCAGCAGUGGUGGCGGUGGUAGCAGUGGUGGUGGUGGUUCCAGGCGCUCCAGAGAACACUACGACCGAGGAUAUGACCGAGGGUACGACCGAUAUGAUGAUCGAGAUAAUUACAACAGAUCUUACAGACGCAGAUCCCCAUCUCCUUACUAUAGCCGUGGAGCAUAUAGGUCCCGUUCCAGAUCUCGUUCCUACUCUCCACGUCACUACUGACAAUCAUACUAUCCCGGUAGCAGGUAGCAUGGUUCUGGGAUUACUUCUCUGAAGAUGACUAUGCUAUCUUGUGUGUUCUUUUUUUUUUGGGGGGGGGGGGGGAUCUUAAGUUAAAUAUGAGAUUGUUAGGGUUACUUUGUUACAGCCACACAAAACAAUGACUUGUGUUAUUUGUUAGGUGCAAGUUUUCAUCUUGUUGCAAACUGUUUAGAGCUGUGCUUUUUUUUUAAAUAUAUAUAAAUUCUUAAUUAUGAAUGUGUGGCAGUAUCUUUUGUAAUUUGUUAGCUGCUGUGGGGGUUUGUAUUUAAAUAUGGAAGCUCUUCAGCGGUACAGGAUGUCUUGUGCAUAUGCUUUUACAUAAGUAAAGAAGCAAUAAAGCUGCUUUUUUACACAA